AUGGACAAUAACUCUAGUGCCACUGAAUUCUACCUUCUAGGCUUCCCUGGGUCCCAAGAACUACAUCACGUUCUUUUUUCUAUAUUCUUUUUCUUCUAUUCAGUAUCAUUACUGGGAAACAUGGUCAUCAUCACGAUUGUCUGUGUUGUUGAUAAACGUCUUCAGUCCCCCAUGUAUUUCUUCCUUAGUCAUCUCUCUGUCCUGGAAAUCCUGGUCACAACCGUAAUUGUCCCUGUGAUACUUUGGGGGUUGUUGAUCCCUGGGAUGCAAACAAUAUCUCUGACUGGAUGUGUUGUCCAACUCUUUCUGUACCUUGCUCUGGGGACCACAGAGUUUGCAUUGCUUGGAGCAAUGGCUGUGGACCGAUACGUGGCUAUUUGCAAUCCUUUGAGAUACACCAUCAUCAUGAACAGUCACACCUGCAUUUGGGUGGUAAUUGUGUCAUGGGUGUUUGGGUUUCUUUCUGAAAUCUGGCCUGUCUAUGCCACGUUUCAGUUUACUUUCUGCAAAUCAAAUCAGUUAGACCAUUUUUACUGUGACCGAGGGCAAUUGCUUAAACUCUCCUGUGAUGAUACUUUUUUCACCGAGUUUAUUCUUUUUUUAAUGGCUAUUUUCAUUAUCAUUGGUUCUUUGAUACCUACAAUUGUCUCAUACACCUACAUCAUCUCUACCAUCCUCAAGAUCCCCUCAGCUGCCAGCCAGAGAAAAGCCUUCUCCACUUGUGCCUCCCACUUCACUUUUGUUGUAAUUGGCUACGGCAGCUGCUUCUUCCUCUACGUGAAACCCAAGCAAACUCAGGCAGCUGAGUACAACAGGGUAGCAUCCCUGCUGGUCUCCGUGGUGACCCCUUUUCUGAACCCUUUCAUCUUCACCCUCUGGAAUGACAAAGUCAAAGAGGCCCUUCGGGAUGGAGUGAAAAGCUGCUGCAAUCUCCUCAUGAAUUAG